GCUUCUCAGGUUGAAUGCAUUUCUGGAGCUCCAAACUUUCUAGUUGGGCUUGAAUCCACGCACUUUUCUGAGUCAUGCGCUCCAAUUACUUUUGACACUAAAAACGAGUUUAUUCAGCUUAAGGACGCUCAUUACGAAGCAUCUGUAUUUCAAAGCGAAGGAAAUAAAGGUCAAAUCGCGCCGUCGGGCUUCCAGAUAGACCAGAAUAUCGAUGCAGAAGAUAUUUAUGAUUCGCGUGCUAAAUCAUCGUGCCCGAGUGCCGAGCCUAUUGAACAAAAGCAUUCAACAUGGGCUGAUAUUUUGCGCGAAAAUGACAUGUCUUCACGGCCAAAGUCAAAUAAAUUUGACAGUCAACAUUGUGAAAGUUUUGCUAUCGGAUCUGAUGACACUUUUCGUCAAUCCUGCCCUAGAAUACAUAAUGUAAUUCGUGGCUCGCCCAAGUUCGCGAAUAUUGGAAGCAACCAAGCAAAUGAGAACAAGAUUCACCAAGGCGUGUCAACAAACCCCACUAGUGAGUUCAGGGGAUCGACUGGACGUGGCAGGGGCGUAUAUCGUGACUCUGGUCAGGGCGAUGUGUCACAAUAUCAACAGAGAGGCGCCAUAGCCCAGACAAUUUACUGA